GUUGUUACUGUUACUGCUCACAGACUCGUGACGACUACAGUAGCAGAAUGUGGGACUUCAUAGUAACGAUCUCUAGCUGUUUGUGUUUUUGUAAGUCCAACAAAGUGUCACCUUUAGGGGGUGGAAAUCCGAAAGAUGAAACAGCACCGGGACAGGAGGAGAUGGACCGCGGGACCACCGAACGUUCCGUGGUGAUCGUACAGCCUCCAAUGUCCCGGCCAAGACCCAGCAAGUCGUCGGCGGACGUCCUUACUGAACUGCGAGAAGACGGCCUGUUGCCCCUCAACACCCGGGGCGAGUCCGUCGCUUUCCAGGUGCCGCUCGUCAAGCCCGCCUCCGAGCCCGACGCGCCCCCUCGCCGUCCUGUAAAGCUGGAGAAACUGGAGGAAACUCUCCAGGAGAGGCGCGAACGGGUCAAGAAGGAGCCCGCGGGAUCACGCACUCAGCUGAGACAGCAGCUCAGUGUCGCCGCCAACAGACGUGACGAGAUGUUGGCAGAUAGGUCACGAAAACUUGCUGCUAAAUCGAGGAGAGUAAAAACCAAGGCUAGAGCAGCCGCCGACAACCGCACGAGCACCGCCUUUGUCAUCUCCUCUGUCAGCGACACGGACGCCAUCGUUCCCCGGGACUCGGAGAAGGCGCAGGCUUUGGAGAAACGUCUGAACAAGAGGAGAGAACGAGUCGCGAAACGGACCACAUUGGAAGACUUGGCUGAACAACAGGCAUUAGCAGCUGAACGCAGGAAGGAGAAAAAGGACAAGGAGGCACGGAAAUUAAAGAGGAUGAGGAUGACUAGCUGGGACGUGGCACUAGACUUCUGAGAUCUAGGGAAGCGCAGAAAGGUCCAUGACAAGGCUGUUUUAUGACCCUUUUACUUAUAUCUCCAUGCAAGAAAGGAAAAAAGUACAUGUAUAUGUUUUUACAUGUAUGUACGCGUUAUAUACUGUUAAUUACGUUCGACGUUUCAAAACAGAUCAGCUGUUGAUGGGUUGGUCAACUCAGAAAUGUUGUACAUAAAAGCAAAAAAAGAAGGAAUUCUUUCACACAUACGUUAAAGUUCGCCACCUGAAUGUUAUGGUUAUGCUUUAAAAGGAGUUUAUGCUCUGUUCUUAUGCUUCUUCAGAAUUCAAUGAAAAAAGAAAAUACGAUCCCUUUUCAUUUUUGUUUGACUGAAAAAAUUACAAAAGUAAAAAAAAACAAAAAAAAAACAAACACAUUACGUUAUUCGAACAUAUUGUAUAUGUUGAAGUUCACUCCUUGUCUUUUCUGAAUUAGGUCAUAUGUUUUUAAAAGCGUUUACAUAAACGAACUUCUGGUGAUGUAAGGUAUCGGCAAGUGUCAUCCUGUGUCCUUUGCAGCGAGGUUUUAAAGCCACUUGCAUGUUGUACAAUACGUGUAUCACAAAUAAAGUUAAACGACA